AUGUGCAUGGUAUAUUCACUGGACUGGACUCCAGAGAAGAAUCGGAUUGUCAGUGCAUCACAAGAUGGAAGAUUGAUAGUGUGGAAUGCUCUCACAAGCCAGAAAACCCAUGCUGUUAAGCUACCUUGUGCAUGGGUCAUGACAUGUGCCUUCUCUCCGAGUGGACAAUCUGUUGCCUGCGGUGGCCUUGAUAGUGUAUGCUCCAUCUUCAACCUGAAUUCUCCUACUGACAAGGAUGGGAACCUACCUGUGUCAAUAAUGCUUAGUGGGCACAAGGGUUAUGUUUCGUCAUGUCAAUAUGUUCCAGAUGAAGAUACACAUCUAAUAACCAGUUCCGGUGAUCAGACAUGUAUUUUGUGGGAUAUAACUACGGGCCUGAGAACUUCUGUUUUUGGGGCGAAUUUCAAUCUGGGCACACUGCUGACGUGCUGA